UCCCUGGGGACAGCCAGGCCCGCGGCCGGAUCUACGUGUCGGUUCCCUCCGCCGCGCGGGGCCGCAGCUGAGGCGGGACCGGCGCCGGCAACCGACAAGGCGGAGGCGGGAGCGGCGAGGCUGCGCUUCCCCGCCCGGCCGUGUAGGGGGGGCCCGUCUGUCUCGGGAAGCGGGCGGCCUCGGCCUGAGGGAGCGGGAGACACCGCCUGACAGAGGGCCGGCGGCGGCGGCGGGGGCCAUGGAGGACAUCAACUCCAACGUGAACGCCGACGCCGAAGUGCGGAAGCUGCAGGAGCUGGUGAAGAAGCUGGAGAAGCAGAACGAGCAGCUCCGCAUCCGCAGCGCAGCCGGGGCGCCCGGCGGCAGCCCCAAGCGGCUCCUCAGCGGCGGAGGCGGCUCGGGCGCUGGCACGCCGCCGCUGCUCCUCACGCCGCCCGCCGCCGCUGCCGCCCAGCUCUCCCCGUCCUCCUCGCCGUCGCUCCUGGGGUUGGAGACCCGCGGCCUCAGCCCCAAGGCCGGGCCGUUGCGGCCUCCCCAGGGCGACGAGCGGGGCGCGGAGGCGGCUGGCGAGAAGAGCGGCCUGCUGGACGAGGUGGAGCCGCUGAGGCCCGACGAGCUGGACCGGCUGGCUGGCUGCGAAGAGGACGAGACGGGCUGGUUGUAUACAUCACCAAAGAAGAAAGUGACUCCAGUGCAAAAAUCAAUGAGUCCACUGGUUUGGUGCAGGCAAAUCCUGGAUUAUCCAACUCCAGACAUUGAAUGUGCUAAAAAGUCAUUGAUCCAUAGGCUUGAACAGACCAUGUCAGCUCUCAAGAGACACAGCCUAUAUAGUAACCCAUUCAGUGCUGUCAAUUACACAAACUCCUGUAGCCCCAGUGCUGGCAGUCCCUACAGCACUAGCUUCAAUUCUUCCCCUACACCAGUGAAGGCUCCUUUAGUGAAACAGCUUGUAUAUCCUAGCAACUCAGGUCAUUUCAAAAGUUCAGAUCGAAAUCCUCCACUAAGCCCACAGUCCUCUAUAGACAGUGAAUUAAGUGCUUCAGAAAUGGAUGAAGACUCAAUUGGAUCUAAUUAUAAACUAAACGACUUAACUGAUGUGCAAAUUUUAGCUCGAAUGCAGGAGGAAAGUCUUCGGCAAGAAUAUGCAGCAACUGCUUCGCGGCGUAGCUCUGGUUCUUCAUGUAGUUCUAUGCGGCGUGGAACUUUUAGUGACCAGGAACUUGAUGCCCAGAGCUUAGAAGAUGAAGAAGACAGCUGCCAUCAUGCAGUGCACCCGGCUAUGAAUAGGUUCUCUCCAUCACCACGCAAUUCACCACGGCCUUCACCAAAACAGUCCCCAAGGAAUUCUCCUAGAUCUCGAUCCCCUGCUAGAGGAAUAGAGUACAGCAGAGUAUCACCUCAGCCCAUGAUUAGCCGCUUGCAGCAACCUCGCCUUUCACUUCAAGGACAUCCCCCUGAUUUACAGACCGCCACUGUAAAAAAUGAAGAAAAACUAAGGCGUAGUCUUCCAAACCUGUCCAGGACAUCUAACAUCCAUGUUGAGUCUGUGAAAAACAGUAGAAGUGACUCAAACUUUCAAGUGCCAAAUGGAGGAAUACCUCGUAUUCAACCUCAGUCCUCAGCCACUCUGCAAAAGCAGAAAAAUUUGCACCGUGUUGCCUUCAAAACCAAACAACUACUUCAUACUCCAGCUGCCAAAGGAGUUCCGUCGCCCAGUAAAUUCCGGUCUCCAGCAGCACCAUCACCUCUGGCUCUGAGACAGCCAGUAAAAGCAUUUAAUACCCAUGGACCUAGCUCUGUUCCAGAAGCCGCACAGCUCCCGCACAGCAGCUCUUCACCAGGGCCUUUAGCAGCUCCCAAUUCUGCCUCUCCAAGCCCAGCCAGCAGCAUCAACAGUGCUACCCUUACCAGACCUGCAGGAACGACAGGGUUGAGGAGUGGCUUGCCAAGACCUAGUGCCCCCUGCACGGGGGGCAUACCAGUGCCUCGCAGUAAACUCGCACAGCCCAUUCGCAGAUCACUGCCAGCUCCCAAAACUUACAGCAGCAUAAAAGAUGAGAGCUGGAAGGAUGGCUGCUACUGAACAGCAAAGCUACGUAACUCAGCAGGUACUCUUUCACCAGGCUAAACCACAGAUCAAUAUGCAGACUGAUUGGAAAAUACUUUGGGGGGGUUAAGACUCCCCAAAUCUCUCUGUCUUUAAUUAGCACAAGCUGGCAGAGAUUAUAAAACAGCACUUUAAUGACAUUAACAUCGGAUACUUGGUGAUCACUCAGAUCAUUUUUACGUGAAUCACGUAUCACUUCUGAAGCUCUACUUCCCUGCUUCCUAAAAUUGUUAUAAAUGCUCACAUGGCUACAACAGUCAACGUGGAUACAAGGGCAAACACCUUAAAAUGCCAAAGAAAUAGCCAUUUUGGAAAAAAAAGCAGCACAUAAAAUGUUAAGCAAAAAUAAUUCUGAAAGAUCAUAUAUUACUUGAUUUUAAAGAGCAAGGCUUUUUUUAACAUGUAAAAUAAAAAUGUUAACAUUGAUCAAAGCAAACAUUGGAUUGUAAAAUGCUAUUGGGCUCGUGAGAUGGUUUUAAACAAUUGAGGAAGAGGUGGGUGGAGAAAUUGAGUCACAACAGAACAGUUGUCUCUGGAGUCUCACUGUGGGAGUGGUAGGGGAGUCAUACCAUUUUUUAUCUUUUGCUUUUUUCCUAAAAAAAAAACCCAGGCCUUUGAGACUUAAUAAGCAUAGGUUGCAUUCUUUUACGUUGACUUGUCAUAUCAGGUUUUGUAUAAUAUUAUGAUUGCCAAAAGGGCUCCUUGUCAGUUGUACAAUCCUAAAACUAGCUGUUCCUGGCUCAGGAAAAUAGCCUUUGUUUUUGCAGCCACGUUUUUAAAUGCAUGAGUCCUUUUUAGAGCAAGCUUCCUGGAAGAAGAAAGGUGGAGUAUUGAUUAAGAAAUAUCGCCACAUGCUUAAUGCCUGGAACGCAACUGAACAUGCCUAUAGUUAACAUGAAGAAAAGACCACUAUGCACCUGUAGCCCAGAGAUUCUAAGGCAGUGUUCCUCAGCCUUGGGAACUUUAAGAUGUGUGGACUUCCAACU